GCUCAUCCAAAGAGCUAUUUUUCUUCCAUUUCUUCUCUUAAUUUAAAAUCUCAUAUCUUCCAUCUCAGAAGAUUCACACAAUCUUUUAAUUUUUUUUUCUAUUUUCUACUGUUUUAAUCUACCUUGGAUUUUGCGAGUUAUGGCGUUGCCAAACGGAGAAUUUGAGAUUAGUUUCAGUCAGGAUAAGCUUCAAGGCAGAGAAGAAGUUGAAAGGUUAGGGUUUGUGAGGUUCACUCGAGGUUUGGGGAGCAAAAGGAUUCUGUUUUCGAAAUUUAAUAAUGAAACCGUUUCAAAUUCCGAUCAACUUGAUUCGCCGCCAGUGAAGGUUACGUUGAAGAGAUCUAAGACAGAACCCAAUAGUUCUGUUCUUGAGUCUCUGCAUCAAGAUAUUUUGAUUCGAGUCCUUUGUCAUGUUGAUCACGAUGACCUAGCGAGACUCAAACGUGUCUCCAAAACAAUUAGAAAUGCUGUAUUGGAAGCAAAGAAGUCACAUUUUGAUUAUAGCACACCAAGAAAGACUCUGACUUUUACAUCGAUCCUCGAGAAAGAUUCGAGUUUGAGUGAUCAAGAUGAUGCAAUUGCUCCUAACGCACCUUUUCGAAGGAGGAAGGUUAACCGUGGAUCAGACUUAUCAAGGAUCUCUAUGGUUUUGUUUAAAUGAAGAAGAAAGACAACAAAACAAAAAAGGAUUAGCCGCUAAUUUGUGUACAUGUGAAGACGAGCACUAGAACAAGACGAGAGUGUUUUGCUUUUUUGCUUCUGCUUCCAAUUUUUUUAAUCAUUGAAGUUCUUUUUAAAAGGUUUUUAUAUUUACUGAUCAUGUGAAUAUAACAAUUAUUUGCGGAGUUUGUAAGGUUUAAAUAUAUAUUUUGUGAAUAGUUCUUUCGGUUGUGAUCAGAGUAUCCUAAGUAUUUGUUUUGUCCUUUUCUGUUUAAAUUGUUAAGAUUAAGUUUAAUUCUGCUA